UUUCACCUGAGUACCUUGAGGGGACGAUUUCAUGAAGUCGAAGUCGUUCAUGACGGUGUUUGCGUCCUACAAGAGGCUUUUCCAAGAAGGUGAUAAGUACGACUCCAUAACGAUGAUUUUCGGUACUCUAGGCUCGAUGAUCAAUGGUUUAUCGCUCCCUGCCGUGUACACAAUUCAGAGUCACGUAUACAACAACUAUGGAAACCAUACCUCCAACGCCAACAAACAGGCAAUUUGGUGCGUGUACUUGGCAGCCAUCUCUCUGCUAGGAGCAUAUCUCGAAGUAAGCUGCUGGAUCUAUACUGGCCACAGGCAAGCGCGCAGGCUUCGAGUCAAGUAUGUGAAUUGCGUGCUACGCCAGGACGCCAGCUACUUUGAUUGCAAGAUCUCUACUGCAAACGUUAUAGAAAACGUUUCCGCUGAUAUUGCUCACGUCCAGGAAGCUGUCGGAGAGAAACUUGGCCACUUCAUCGAGAACAUCUCCCUUUUUGUUGGAAGCGUUAUAACGGCCUUGAUACUCGCUUGGAGGCUGGCUUUGAUCGUCUCGCCUUUUGUGCUGGUGUUGCUCUUUCCGGGUUUUCUAUACAGCGGAGCUCUCUCCAGCUACGCCAAGCAAAGGCAGGCAUCUUAUGCAACUGCGGGAAAAAUCGCCGAGCAGGCAAUUUCUUCGAUACGGGUGGUCUACUCCUUUGUUGCCGAGAGGAAAACAUUGGAGUUAUACUCCGGGGCCCUGGAAGAGAGUAUCAAAGUCGAUCGCAAGCAGGGACUGGCCAAAGGACUUACGCUGGGAUUCCAUGGACUACGAUAUGUCGUGUGGGCUUUAAUGACUUGGUAUGGAGGAAGUUUGGUAGCCAAGGGUCAAGCAAAUGGUGCUCAAAUACUCCUCGCGGGAUCUGCAUUUGUCGUGGGAAGCAUGGCAUUGGGCAGUAUACUCCAGAAUCUUAGAGAGAUCAAAGAUGGCCAGGCAGCGCUCUCCAGGAUUUUUGAAGUUCUUGAGACAAUACCAACAAUCGAUAUCGAUUCUUCGAAAGGCCGAGUUCUCGAUCGUGUUGAAGGAGAGCUAGAGUUUCAAAACGUCAUAUUCUCGUAUCCCUCACGAUCGGAACUCCCAGUUUUGGAUGACUUCAGUUUGCAUAUUGCUCCUGGAAAAACCACGGCUUUAGUUGGCAAGAGCGGGAGCGGAAAAUCCACGGUUAUCUCUUUGCUGGAACGUUUUUAUGAUCCUUCGAACGGGAAAGUUCUUCUGGAUGGAGUAAACAUCAAAAACCUGCAAUUGAAGUGGUAUCGCGAGCAAAUUGGAUUAGUGAGCCAAGAGCCUAUUCUCUUCUCGUCCACAAUCAAGGAGAACAUUUUUCUAGGAAAAGAGAACGCAACCUUGGAGGAAGUAAUUGCUGCCGCCAGGAAAUCCGACGCACACUCGUUUAUUUGCGGCUUCCCAGAAGGAUACGAGACUCAGGUUGGCAUACGAGGAGAGCAGCUCUCUGGAGGCCAGAAGCAGCGUAUAGCUCUAGCAAGAGCUCUGGUGAGAAAUCCGGCUAUUCUUCUCCUGGACGAAGCUACCAGCGCUCUCGACAACGAGUCCGAGAGGACAGUCCAAAGGGCAAUCCAGGAAGCUUGCACUGCUCGAACAGCUCUAGUGAUAGCACAUAAACUUCGAGCAAUCGAAAGUGCCGACUUGGUCGCGGUGGUGGAGGCUGGCAAGGUGGUGGAGUAUGGAAGCAAGCAGGAUUUGAAAAAUGAGGGAGCUUUUGCAGAGAUGUUCCAGCUCCAGCAGGUGGAAGGCGAUCAAUCUACAAGAAAAGGGUCGCCAGAAAAAUUUAGACGCAAGAAAACGCAGGAAGAGAACGUCGAAGAUGUCGUACAAACCAAGUUAGCGAGGAAGGAUCGGAUUGAACAAUCGGGCAAGAAGAGGAAUGACUUCAUUCGUCUCCUCCUCAUGAACCAACCGGAGUGGAAAUACUGCCUACUCGGAAUUGCAGCAGCAGUAAGUAUCGGCUUCCUUCAUCCGAUCUUUGUUGCUCUUGGGGCCGACGUCAUUUCGUCAUUUUAUUCGGAUAGCCCUGCCAAAACCAGGCACAGAGUGAGAAACGAUGCUAUGAUCUUCGCAGCACUCUCACUCGUUACUUUUGCCUCCAACACCCUCCAGCACUACAGCUUUGGAUCCAUGGGAGCAGCGCUUACUAAACGAGUCCGAGAGAAGAUGAUGGCCAAAAUCCUCGAGCUUGAUAUAAGUUGGUUCGAUCAAGAGCAGCAUUCUAGUGGAGCGUUAACUUCUCGCCUAGCGUCAAGCGCAAGCAUGGUAAGAACAGUCGUGAGUGAUAGGAUCUCCCUCUUCGUCCAAACUGCAUCAACUAUUUCCGUGAGUGUUGUGGCUAGCUUUGUAGUCUCGUGGAAACUUGCCAUCGUCAUCACUUCCAUCCAACCGGUUAUCCUCAUUUGCUUCUACUUUCGGGUAACCAGCCUCCAAGACUUCGCAAGGAAAGCUGCCAAAGUCCAGGAAGAAGUUAGUGAGCUGAUCCUUGAGGGAGUCACCCGUCAUCAAACCGUGGCAGCAUUUUCUUCCCACUCGAGAAUCGUCACCAUAUUGGAGUCUCGACUUGAGAGCCUCUCCAAGCGAGUGGUACGUCUGUCACAAGCAGCAGGGAUUAGCUCUGGAAUAGCACUCUUUGCUCUCUUCUCGUCUUACGCUCUUUGUCUUUGGUAUGGAGGACGGUUGAUCGCUCAAGGCAAGACAAGCUUCAAAGACUUCCUUCUCACAUUUUACCUUCUCAUAAGCACAGGAAGGUCGCUGGCCGAUACUCUCUGGCUAAGCCCGGAUAUCAGCCAAGGAAAGACGGUAGCGGACUUGGUCUUCGAGAUAUUGGAUGAGAAACCAACUUCAAAAAGUCUGGAACAAGGCUCGAUGAAAAAUCAAGAAAUCACAGGACACAUAGAGUUUGACAAGGUUUCUUUUGCUUACCCGUCACGGCCGGAAGUUUUCGUGCUGAAGAACUUUAGCCUCACCGUGGAAGUUGCUCAAACAGUAGCCAUUGCUGGGCGGAGUGGAUCCGGAAAGUCGACCAUCAUCAGCCUGGUGGAGAGAUUUUACGACCCUCAGCUUGGCAGCAUCGAGAUCGAUGGGAGAGAUAUUAGAAAGUUCCAGCUCGCGUCCCUGAGGCAGCAAAUCGGGCUUGUCAGUCAAGGACCAACAUUGUUUGCUGGAAGCAUUGGUGAGAACAUCGCGUACGGAAAAGAAAACGCUAGUGAGAGCGAGAUCAUGGAAGCAGCACGAACAGCUAAUGCUCAUGGAUUCAUCAGUGCAUUGCCGCAAGGAUACUGUACACCGGUAGGAGAGAUUGGAACACAGCUCUCGGGAGGGCAGAAGCAAAGAAUAGCCAUAGCUCGAGCAAUUUUGAAGAGGCCGAGGAUACUUUUGCUAGACGAGGCCACGAGUGCGUUGGAUUCCAAGUCGGAGAGCGAGGUUCAGCGUGCCCUGGAGAGGGCUAUGGUGGGAAAGACAACCAUUGUGGUGGCUCACAUGUUGUCAACGAUAAAAAACGCGGACAGGAUUGUCGUGGUUGGGGAUGGGACAGUUUUGGAGCAAGGGAGCCGGAAAGAGCUGCUCGCUAGAGGAAAGGACGGCGCAUUUUUUUCGCUGGUCCAUGCCUGUGAUUAAAAAGCAGCGAGAUAGAAAAACAAAAACUGUAUAGAGAUUUACCUCAUUCAGGAUACCGUUUACACGUUUUAACUUGCCAAGAAAACCAUAUAUUUGCU